GAAAAAAAAGUAGAAGGACUUAUUUAGUUCCUCUAAAUUCUUUUUUUCGCGAGUCCAAGACAGGCCAGUGCAAGUCGAAACCAGAUAAAUACCUAUAUAAAGCCUUGUUCCCUAGAUUGCCACAUCGCAAGCAUUACCUUCAAUAGCAGGACACCAACAGCAUCAUGAGUCAAGCACCACCAUUUAUCCCUUGGAAAACCAUAGGAUAUAUUUUCCUUAUCGGUACGUCUAUUUUGGUAGUCCUCGGCUUUAUCCUCAUGCUUUUGACCGAGGACGGACGGGACAUACUAUGCGGACGUUAUCCGGCAUCUGUCCGCGUUAUGCUUGCUGAGCGUGCUAUGAGGGACAGUUACUCUUCUGUGCCUGUUGAUCCUCCCGCAUACGACAAUGUUUCCGUGGAAGACGACCUCCUUGUCGAUGAUGACCUUCCUGUGAACAACAACCCUCCUACGUACGACGGCACUCCUGCGGACGGUGGUCUUCCUACAAAUCAUAACCCUGCAAACGGUAGCCCUCCUAUCCACUAUUACAUUCCCAUAUAUUAUUAUGUUCCUGUAUACGGCAAUACUCCUAUACACAUAAAUCCACCUGACGACAAGUUCCCCACGGCAGGAACCCCUUGAUAUCCCCGGAUCCUCCCUUCGGGAGUACACUCUGAUGCGAUUGGACGGUCUGGUUCGACUAGGACAUCUAUCAGGAGAAAGUAAACGGAUCAAAGAAUAGAAUAAGGCUAGGGCAAAAAGAUAUGCUUGGUUUAAGUGGUAAUGACCUCAAUGGAUAUACUGUUGUAGCCUAAGCUUCAACUCAAAUAAAUACACCGCCAUGCACUUGGAUAAUUUCUGGCACUUUACGACUGAGCAGCUCUUAGUGUGAGAACGUUCAACUUCGUUGUGGCGUUCAUUUUUAGCACUUGCACUCUACCUAAGCUUCUUCUUAUGUACCUAUCUACUAAGCUACACUAGGUAUCUUCUCUUAAAGAGAUCGCUUGACACUUCAGCCUUGAUAACUUAGCUGGUGUACAACAAGAAACUUGGAUGAAAUUCUAACA